AUGAUAGAUGAAAUUGAAGAACUUAAAAGUAUUGACGUUUUAGAUGAAGUGGAGGCACUGAAAGUGGAGCAGUUUAAACAGGAUCCCAGCCCCUUCAAGUGUCUGCACUCGGUGUUUAACGUAGACACCGGUGACGAAGUGCACUCCUAUGGCGACUACCACCACCUGCAGAUCGAUGCCGUUUCUCUGUUUCUGCUGUACUUGGUGGAGAUGAUCUGCUCUGGGCUGCAGAUCAUUUACAACACCGAUGAGGUUUCCUUCAUCCAGAACUUGGUGUUCUGUGUGGAAAGAGCCUACAGGGUGCCUGACUACGGCAUGUGGGAGAGAGGCAGCAAAUACAACAACGGCAGCACUGAGCUGCAUUCCAGCUCCGUGGGCCUGGCUAAAGCUGCUCUGGAGGCCAUCAAUGGAUUCAACCUGUUUGGAAACCAGGGCUGUUCAUGGUCGGUGAUAUUUGUGGAUCUGGACGCCCACAACAGGAACAGGCAAACCCUGUGCUCCCUACUGCCCCGAGAGUCCCGCUCACAUAACACAGACGCAGCCUUGCUUCCAACCAUCAGCUAUCCUGCCUUUGCAGUAGAUGAUGAUGCCCUCUACAGCCAGACACUGGACAAGAUUGUCCGAAAGCUGCGUGGCAAAUACGGCUUCAAACGUUUCCUCCGUGAUGGCUACCGCACCGCUAACGAAGACAAGGAUCGCCGCUUCUACAAACCUGCUGAGAUGAAGCUCUUUGAUGGAAUCGAGUGCGAGUUUCCCAUAUUUUUCAUCUACAUGAUGAUUGACGGGGUGUUCAGAGGAAAUAAAGCUCAAGUCAAAGAAUACCAGGAUCUCCUUGAACCCAUCAUCUUCCAGUCUUUUGAGGGCCAUGCUGUGAUCCCCAAAUACUACUACGUACCGGCUGACUUUGUGAAGGCGGAGCAGAACAAGCAUGGAAGCCAGAAGCGUUUCCCAAGCAACUCUGGCCGUGAUGGGAUGGUCUUCCUGUGUGGUCAGGCCCUUUACACCAUCGCCAGGCUGCUGGUGGAUGAGCUGAUCAGCCCUAAAGAUAUUGAUCCCAUCCACCGCUACGUUCCCCGCGAGGACCAGCGCAACGUCAGCAUGCGAUACUCCAAUCAGGGUCCCAUAGAGAAUGAUGUAGUGAUUCACGUGGCCCUGAUUGCAGAGAGCCAAAGACUUCAGGUGUUUUUGAACACCUAUGGCAUUCAGACCCAGACUCCCCAGCAGGUGGAGCCUAUCCAGAUCUGGCCUCAGAAGGAACUGGUCAAGGGUCCCAUAGAGAAUGAUGUAGUGAUUCACGUGGCCCUGAUUGCAGAGAGCCAAAGACUUCAGGUGUUUUUGAACACCUAUGGCAUUCAGACCCAGACUCCCCAGCAGGUGGAGCCUAUCCAGAUCUGGCCUCAGAAGGAACUGGUCAAGGCGUACCGUUUCCUUGCCAUCAAUAAGAAGCUGGGGUUGAGUGGGCGUCCAGAGAGGCCAGUGGGCUGCAUCGGGACCUGCAAGAUUUAUCGUAUCCUGGGCAAGACGGUGGUGUGCUACCCAAUAGUGUUUGAUCUAAGUGACUUUUACUUGUCCCAAGAUGUUAUGCUGCUGAUCGAUGACAUUAAGAACACCCUGCAGUUCAUCAAACAGUGCUGGAAGAUGAAGGGACGUCCUCUCUUCCUGGUUCUCAUCCGCGAGGAUAACAUCAAGGGAAGCCGCUUUAACCCAGUACUGGACAUGCUGGCCUCGUUCAAGAAAGGCGAAAUCGGAGGGGUCAAAGUUCAUGUCGACAGACUUCAGACUCUGAUAUCUGGAGCCGUGGUGGAGCAGCUGGACUUCCUGCGUGUCAACGAGGCAGAGAUCCCAGAGUUUAAGAGCUUUGAAGAGCUGGAGCUGCCUAAACACUCCAAGGUGAAGAGACAGAUGAGCACACCCAACGCGUCAGACCUGGAGCAGCAGCCAGAGAUCAAUGUGGAGGAGUGGCUGCAGAAGCCCACUAAUGAGAUCAUCAAGAAGUUCUAUGACUGCGACUGCUUGGCCAGUCAGGCUCAGCUCGGAAGUAUCCUUUUGAGGAGAGAAGGACCAGACUUCCUUGCAAAAGAUGAGAACCUGAUAGAUGAACUGGAGAGACUCUACAGGAGAGCUGGCAGCAGAAAGCUUUGGCUGGCAGUGCGCCAUGCUGCUGCCAUUACCAAGAAGUUUGCCAGCUCUAUAGCUCCUCACAUCACCACAAUACUGGUGCAUGGGAAACAGGUGACCCUCGGCUUAUUUGGGCAAGAGGAGGAGGUGAUCUCCAACCCACUGUCCCCAGGGGUGAUCCAGGGCAUCAUCUACAGCAAGUGCUCCCCUCACGGUGGGGAGCGGGAGGCUGUUCUUCAGCAGGAGCUGGUUAUCCACAUUGGAUGGAUUAUCUCCAACAACCCAGAGCUGUUCAGCGGCAUGAUCAAGAUCAGAGUCGGAUGGAUUGUCCAGGCCAUGAAACAUGAGCUGAAGAUCGGGGCGGGGGACAUGCCACCCCAGGACAUCUACCAGCUCUCCCCCAGCGACAUCAAGCAGCUCCUGCUGGACGUCCUGCAGCCACAACACACCAGCAGGUCUUGGCUGAACAGGCGUCAGAUCGAUGGCUCUCUGAACAGGACCCCUCUGGGCUUUUAUGAUCGUGUGUGGCAGAUCCUGGAGAGAACCCCCAACGGCUUCAUGGUGGCUGGGAUUUACCUCCCGCAGCAACCGACACUAUCUGACAUGACCAUGUAUGAGAUGAACUUCUCCCUGCUGGUGGAGGAGACCCUGAAGAACAUCGUCCUGCCUGAGUACAGACAAAUCAUAGUAGAGUUGCUGAUGGUGGUGUCCGUAGUGCUGGAGAGAAACCCGGAGCUGGAGUUCGCCGACAAGUUGGAUCUGGACGGUCUGGUGAAGGAAGCCUUUAACGAUUUCCAGAGUGAUCGCAGACGCUUUGAAGGCGUGGAGAAACAGGAUGACAUGGAGGGAUUCUACAACACACCUCCGAUGGGAAAGAGAGGCACCUCCAGCUACCUGACCAAGGCUGUUAUGAUAUUGUUGCUGCAAGGGGAUUUCAAGCCCUGCAAGGACGACCCGUGCACUGUUAGCUAGAUUUAUAACUUCUUUGACCUCUAAGCCCAGCCCACUGCAGUGUAGUCAUAAAAUGAUCCGGCAAGGUCUACUGAGUAUCCAUCACAUGUAUUCAGAAGAUGACCUCUAACCUCUCUGAUCCUCCCUUUAGCAGGACUCUGCCCACUCCUGCACAUUACAUGUUUCCUCAACAGCAAUAGAAACUUUAAGCAGAAGCCUCAAAUGUUGUAGAUUAGCAUUCAGCAUCUAAACAUUACUUUUUGAUAAUUUUGGGAAAUACUCACAAUAUCACCGGGGCCUUGUUUUUGUCUUUUACCUCUACAUAUUUCUGUUCAGUAUCCAAACUGUGCUGUGUACGAUUGUAAUCUAGUUACCUUUAAUUACUCUAGUUAUUAUUACCAUUGGUGGCUAGUCAUGUCAAAUGCCACAUGACUAGCUAACGUUGCCACAUAACGUAAACCUGGCUACCACCAGUUGUGCAUAAUAGCACCUAAAGCUUUGCAUAACCUCAACACAUCUUUUAGUUGCCAGGGUUCCCUCUCCCAGCUGCGUGGUGUUAAUUGUUAUUGAUUAGCAUAGGUGGCUAGGUAUGUCAAAAUGGCACCUAGUCAUCUAUCUACUGUUAUCUUGCCCUUUAGGCUACUAAAACCUGCAAGAUAAAAAGCAAUUAAAGGAAAAUGUACACAGGUGAUAAUAGUUUUGGGUUUUCUCAUCAUAGUUAGCUUAACUUAGCAUAAAUAACUGGGGAAAACAGCUAGCCUGGCUCUUUUUAGUCCAAAACUAAAAAGGUAUGCUAAGCUAAGUUAGCAGGCUGCUGGCUGUAGAUACAUAUAUAGCAUACAGACAUAAAAGUGGCAUCAAUCUUAUAUAAUUAUCUGUAGUGAAGCGAUUUAGCGUCUUUAAUUAUUAUUUUUUCUGAUAUUCUAGUUUUGUAUUCUGGCUAUCGGAUGUUAACGGAUAAUGUCACUAAGAACACAGAUUAAUGAACCAUGAGCUCAGAUGUAAGCUAUACCUCACCAGCAAUAACAUAUAGUUACAUAGCAAUUAGUCAGAACAAGGUCACGUUGUAUCAUGAGAGGUCAAAUUGAUGCAUUUAGCUCCCAGGCGCCUUUAAAAAUGUGUCACAUAUCACCAGAUAUAAAAAGUCUGCCAUUAUUUGAUAUAUGAUCCAUCAGUAUACAUGUAUGAAUUUUCAUCUGGUUAUCUUUAUCAACAUAUCUGUGGGUCUUUGGCAUUAGAGGGUUAGGGAACCACUGCAGAGAUAUUUAGAUUUGAUAGUGUGUCCACAGUAUGUUCAGCUGAAAUGUGUUUAUUGUACUAUGUUGCGUUUCUCUUACUGGGACACUUUACCUCUAUGCAUGCACAGUCUGCCGCAUGACAAUGGGUACUGUUUGCCAUAACCAUAGUGACGGUUUAUCUGAAUGUUAUAGACUACAAAAUAAGAGUUUCUGAGAGGCCUGUUUUUCACAUCUGCAUGACAAUGACUCACUUGAAGUCCUGGGACUGAGGAUUCUUUAGAAAUAUGUGGGCAACAGUAAAGACUGCUGUCAUCCUUAGGUAAAGAUGAUGAAAGAUUCACUUUGACUUAUUUUAAAGCGUACCUCUUUGAAUAACAUCCCUGUGAUGUAUCCGCCCAACCUUGUCACUGUGUGAGUGUGUGUGAUGUUUACUGUUGUAGUUCAAAAGAAGUAUUUUUAACUCAAAACUGUAGUUUCAAGGAAUAAAGUUAUUAUGGAAACUA